GAGUCGGUUCAGCUGGAUUUGUCAGAUCGGUUUUGACUCGGGUUUAAUCGAGAAAUAGGAAUUGGAGAUGCACGAGUUGGUUCAUCAAGCCGCCUUCAUAUCCGCGGGGUAAUGUAGCGGCCUAUCGAGCAAUAUAUGCAUAGGUGGGACGACGCACGCAUGCAGCUCGAUUCCGUUGACCUGACCCCUGCAAAAGGACACGAGGUCCCUUCCCAGUCCUUCUCCAUCCUCACUUCUUGCGGCCAUUAUCUUGCUCUCUCCGAUCCACGACGGCAGCAGUAGUGCUGAUGGCUAAUGCGCACUGAAGCUCCCUCCAUCUGCAAAAGCCAAGAUAAGCAUGGCAACUCCUUUUCCAUCAGCAACUCUCUAUAAAUCGAUCCUUCUCAUGGCUUCAACACAUCAAGCAGUGGAGAGAAAGAGAUAGAUACAUAUAAUAGCGAGAGAGAGAUGAAGGGUUGUGAGAGUGUUAGCAACGUCGUUCCUUCCUUGAUCACAGCUUUGGUGGUGCUGUGGCUGAGCAUGGGGGUUUGCAGAUCACAGCUGAGCACGAAUUUCUACGCAAACAGUUGCCCCGCCGUGUUCAGGGUGGUCCGCCGCCAGCUUUUUAGUGCUCUCAGGAACGACACCAGGAUGGCAGCUUCACUGCUGAGGCUCCACUUCCAUGAUUGCUUUGUGAACGGAUGUGAUGGUUCAGUUCUUCUUGAUGGGAGUGACAGCGAGAAGCUUGCCCUUCCCAAUCGGAACUCUGCGAGGGGUUUUGAUGUCAUCGACACCAUAAAGACUGCAGUGGAGAACACAUGCAAUGCAACUGUGUCUUGUGCAGAUAUACUUACUAUAGCAGCUAGAGACUCGGUGUAUUUGAGUGGAGGGCCUUAUUGGAACGUUCUUCUGGGAAGAAGGGAUGGGUUGGUAGCGAACCAGACUGGAGCUGAUGACCUUCCUUCUCCCUUCGACUCCAUCGACACCAUCAUCGACAAGUUUGUUGCUGUUGGUCUCAACACCACCGACGUGGUCUCUUUAUCAGGCGGCCACACGAUCGGCCGAGCUCGAUGCGUGACCUUCAGCGGCCGCUUGUAUGACUUCUCCGAGGACUCCUCCGUGGACCCAACGCUGGACCCGAGCAUGGCGACGGAGCUGCAAACCCUCUGCCCACAGAGCGGCGGCGACGGGAACGCGACCGCGACCGCCCCCCUCGACCGCAACUCCAACUACGCCUUCGACAACCACUACUUCAAGAACCUGGUGGAGCAGAAGGGCCUGCUGUCGUCCGACCAGGGUCUCUUCUCGAGCGACGAGGGCCAGGCGGCGACGAAGGCGCUCGUGCAGGCGUACAGCAACAGCAGCAUCCUCUUCUUCAGGGACUUCGUCAACUCCAUGAUCAAGAUGGGGAACAUAAGCCCCCUCACCUCCUCUGCCGGAGAGAUCCGUCGGAACUGCAGGGUUGUCAACUAGUCAUUCGUAGAGCAAGAUGACAAGCUUCUUACUAUAUAUAUAUAUAUAUAUAUAUGGGGCUGUGAUUUAUAAUCUCGAAGACAAAGUUAUGCAUGAUUGAAGUAAUGAAGACCAUCCUUUCAUCUCA